CGCGCCCAGACUCCGACCCGGAGGCGGAACCGGCAGUGCAGCCCGAAGCCCCGAAGUCCCCGAGCACGCCCGGCCAUGCGUCCCCUGCGCCCCCGCGCCGCGCUGCUCGCGCUCCUGGCCUCGCUCCUGGCCGCGCCCCCGGUGGCCCCGGCCGAGGCCCCGCACCUGGUGCAGGUGGACGCGGCCCGCGCGCUGUGGCCCCUGCGGCGCUUCUGGAGGAGCACAGGCUUCUGUCCCCCGCUGCCACACAGCCAGGCUGACCAGUACGUCCUCAGCUGGGACCAGCAGCUCAACCUCGCCUAUGUGGGCGCCGUCCCUCACCGCGGCAUCGAGCAGGUCCGGACCCACUGGCUGCUGGAGCUUGUCACCACCAGGGGGUCCACUGGACGGGGCCUGAGCUACAACUUCACCCACCUGGACGGGUACCUGGACCUUCUCAGGGAGAACCAGCUCCUCCCAGGGUUUGAGCUGAUGGGCAGCGCUUCGGGCCACUUCACCGACUUUGAGGACAAGCAGCAGGUGUUUGAGUGGAAGGACUUGGUCUCCAGCCUGGCCAGGAGAUACAUCGGUAGGUACGGACUGGCGCAUGUUUCCAAGUGGAACUUCGAGACGUGGAACGAGCCGGACCACCACGACUUUGACAACGUCUCCAUGACCAUGCAAGGCUUCCUGAACUACUACGAUGCCUGCUCCGAGGGUCUGCGCGCCGCCAGCCCCGCCCUGCGGCUGGGAGGCCCCGGUGACUCCUUCCACACCCCACCGCGAUCCCCGCUGAGCUGGGGUCUCCUGCGCCACUGCCACGACGGUACCAACUUCUUCACCGGGGAGGCGGGCGUGCGGCUGGACUACAUCUCCCUCCACAGGAAGGUGCGCCCUGCCCCUCCGUCCGCCCCGGGGUUCUGCGCCCUCGGCCGCGGUGCCCCGGGCCGCGCUGACCCUGGUGGUGCUGAGGCGGCCCCGCCCGCAGGGUGCGCGCAGCUCCAUCUCCAUCCUGGAGCAGGAGAAGGCCGUCGCGCAGCAGAUCCGGCAGCUCUUCCCCAAGUUCGCGGACACCCCCAUUUACAACGACGAGGCGGACCCGCUGGUGGGCUGGUCCCUGCCCCAGCCGUGGAGGGCCGACGUGACCUACGCGGCCAUGGUGGUGAAGGUGGGCCGGCCCAAUGCCCUGCGCGCCCCCCAGCCACCUUCCUCCCGGGAUGGGACAGGCGAGCGGUGGCCGCGCCACGCAGUCCCAGCCGCCCUGGACACCCGCAGGUCAUCGCGCAGCAUCAGAAUCUGCUACUGGCCAACACCAGCUCCGCCUUCCCCUACGCGCUCCUGAGCAACGACAACGCCUUCCUGAGCUACCAUCCGCACCCUUUCGCGCAGCGCACGCUCACCGCGCGCUUCCAGGUCAACAACACCCGCCCGCCGCACGUGCAGCUGCUGCGCAAGCCGGUGCUCACCGCCAUGGGGCUGCUGGCGCUGCUGGAUGAGGAGCAGCUCUGGGCCGAGGUGUCGCGGGCCGGGACGGUCCUGGACAGCAACCACACGGUGGGCAUCCUGGCCAGCGCCCACCGCCCCCAGGGCCCGGCCGACGCCUGGCGCGCCGCGGUGCUGAUCUACGCGAGCGACGACACCCGCGCCCACCCCAACCGCAGCAUCGCGGUGACCCUGAGGCUGCGCGGGGUGCCCCCCGGCCCGGGCCUGGUCUACGUCACGCGCUACCUGGACAAUCGGCUCUGCAGCCCCGACGGCGAGUGGCGGCGCCUGGGCCGGCCCGUCUUCCCCUCGGCGGAGCAGUUCCGGCGCAUGCGCGCGGCUGAGGACCCGGUGGCCGCGGCGCCGCGCCCCUUACCCGCCGGCGGCCGCCUGACCCUGCGCCCCGCGCUGCGGCUGCCGUCGCUUUUGCUGGUGCACGUGUGCGCGCGCCCCGAGAAGCCGCCCGGGCAGGUCACGCGGCUCCGCGCCCUGCCCCUGACCCAAGGGCAGCUGGUUCUGGUCUGGUCGGAUGAACACGUGGGCUCCAAGUGCCUGUGGACAUACGAGAUCCAGUUCUCUCAGGACGGUAAGCCGUACAUUUCGGUCAGCAGGAAGCCAUCGACCUUCAACCUCUUUGUGUUCAGCCCAGACACAGGUGCUGUCUCUGGCUCCUACCGAGUUCGAGCCCUGGACUACUGGGCCCGACCAGGCCCCUUCUCCGACCCUGUGCCGUACCUGGAGUUCCCUGCGCCAAGAGGGCCCCCAUCCCCGGGCAAUCCAUGAGCCUGUGCUGAGCCCCAGUGGGCUGCACCUCCACCGGCAGUCAGCAAGCUGCGGCUGCACUGUGCCCACGCUGCCCUCCCAUCACCCCCUUUGCAAUAUAUUUUUAUAUUUUA